AUGGCGAUCCCCCCCAGGGCCGGGGAUACCCCGCGGAGAAGUACGCGGGGAAUGGCGAUAACCCGGGGGGACGGAAAUACCCUGGGAAUGAGGAAUGGGGAGUCUCCGAGGGGCACAAACCGGGGAUGGGGGUACUCGGAGUUUGGGGCACCCCAGGGAUGGCGAUACCCCGAGGCUGGCGCCGUCGCGGGGCCGGUGAUGCCCCCGGGAACUGGCGCUCCCCUCGGGGCAACACAUUCCCCGGCCGGCACCAUCGGGACUCGAGCUCCGCCAGCGCACGAGGAGUCUCCGGGGUCUCCCCAACCCCCCAACACCCCCAUGUCCGGGGGUCCCUCUGCCCUGGAGCCCCCCAGCCCUGCCCGACCUCCGGGAAUGCCGCGUGGAGACACCCCGGAGGCUCAGUGGGGCUGCCGCCUCCCGCCGCCGGCGUCCCCCGCCAGCUCCCCCCAGCCCCCGGCUCCCCCGACCCCCGGCUCCCCAUACCGUGUAGGGCGGCGGCGGCGGGCACGAACUGCGGGCUGCGCGCUCCGGCCCCGCGGUAAAUGUGGCUGCGAUGCCGCAGAGCUACGUGACCGGCGGGGCGGCACCGGGCAGGACCAGCCCCCGGGCCCGCCUCCUGCCGCCCCCGCCCCGCCGGACACAAUCCCCCGGCAGGGUCGUGCCCUCCUCCCACCCCCCCAGCCGGCAUCAACUCCCGCGCUGGUGGGGACCCCAGGGUGA